GCGUAUUCAGAUUACAAACUCGUAGGACUAGUGCAGUAAGUCCUGAAACCAUACAAUUCCGCCCUCAAAAUCACUCUCAUCUCCCGCCCAAUGGCAACCAUCGCCCGUCCAGAACAAUGGAUGAAUACCUCCGGGGAGAUGACCCCAGUAUGGGUUCAUAAGAUGCCCUUCUCCAAAUACCCUCGGUUUGAGACAUUGUCGCACGACAUCAAAACCGACGUCUGCGUGGUCGGCUCUGGAAUAGCGGGGAUAUCCACUGCCUAUGAGCUCAUCACGCGCGGCAAGAAGGUGACGAUGAUCGAGGCUCGGAAUGUGCUUUCGGGCGAGAGUGGAAGAACUAGCGGCCAUUUGUCGAAUGCCUUGGAUGAUGGCUAUACCGCGAUUGCGAAGAAGCACGGGAAGGAGGGAGCGAAAAUCGCGGCCGAUAGUCACACCUGGGCGAUUGAUCGCGCGGGGGAUAUUGUCAAAAAGCUGAAAUUGGACUGCGAGUUCCGGUAUUUGCCCGCGAUUGAGAUCUCCCAGUACCCUCGUGGAGAUCCGAAGCAUGAUAAGGAGGUAGGGGUUAUGCGAGAGGAAGUUGAUGCCGCUACCAAAGCUGGGUUGCAUGCGUCGUUCCGCGAAGGCCUUGCGAUUCAGGGAUGGGAUGGGGAAAUUGAUCAGCGUGAUGGAGCUUUGUUUACUGGUCAGGGGACGUUCCAUCCAACCAAGUACAUGGUGGGUAUGCUUGAGUGGUUGAGAACCCAUCCGAACUUCCAGUGCUUCACGCAUACGAGGAUGGCGUCUAUCGAAGAAAACGACCGUGUUCAGGUUCGCACGGCUAAUGGCAACACGAUCACGGCCAGUGAUGUGGUUCAGGCUACCUGUGUGCCCAUCCAGAAGUUAAGCGUCAUUGCCGAAAUGGAAUAUAUGCGGACAUACUGUAUUGCCAUCCGAGUUCCUAAGAACUAUAUCGAGGACUGCCUUAUCUACGACCAAGCGGACGCAUACAAGUAUGUCCGCUUCACGGAUUGCGACGAAAACGAUGACUACCUUGUUAUCGGAGGAUGCGAUCAUAAAGUGGGUCAGGAGCAAGUAGAGGGUCGCUUCCAAGAGCUGGAAACAUGGGUGCGUGAGCGAUUCACCAAGGCCGGCUCCGUUGACUAUAAAUGGAGCGGACAGAUCUUUGAGCCAGUAGACUACAUGGCCUUUAUUGGAAAGAACCAAGGCACAAAUCAUACCUAUGUUGUUACUGGCGAUAGCGGAAACGGACUCACUCACGGUAUACUGGCGGGGAAACUGAUCGCAGACGAGAUUGAAGGAGUCGAGAACCCAUGGGCAAGCCUUUACAAUCCCAAACGACUUACAAGUGUUGUCAAAUCGCUUGGAAGCAUGCUGGAGCAUGACAUACAAAUCAAUACCCAAUACAAGCGCUACCUACAAACUGACAUUAAGGAUAUCGAAGAUCUGGCGGUGGGGAGUGGUGGUGUACUUAACAAGGCCGACACAUCAGCGCCGAUGGCCGUGUACAAGGAUGAGGGAGGCCAAACGCAUCGCUUCAGCGCUAUCUGCCCUCAUAUGAAGGCGGUACUCAGCUGGAAUGCCGCAGAGAAGAGCUGGGAUUGUCCGGUCCAUGGAAGUCGGUUUAGCUGCGACGGUGUCUGCGUUGAGGGUCCAGCCAAGUCGAACCUUACGCCCUUGGAUGACUUUUCGAAAACCAAACAGCAGGAGCAAGAAGCAUUGUAA